AUGGAAAUUGAUAGCGAUAUACCCAAAGCGGAUUAUUCACGCUCUCCAAGUCGAGAAAAUCGAGACAGACGACAAGAAGGUUUACGGUCGAGAUUAUCAAAAUCAUCUAUUGAGCAAAAAGUUGAUAAAUUUAUCAACAAUGUAGAUUUAGCUGUUUUAUGUUCUCCAGAUAAUGAUUUUAUGUCCGUAUGUCUCCCAGUUAGCAGACCUGCAAAUUGCUUUCUCCAAUUCAAACGUGUGGUCGCUAAGUAUGCAGCAAAACAUAAAAUUCCGGGCUAUAAUGAUCAAUAUAUUCUUUCGAAAGGUCAAUCAAAACUUUGGAAAAUGCUCUCUAAAGAACAAAAGGAAAUUUUUAAACAACUUGCUUAUUCAGCUUUUAAACUUCAUAAAGAUAAAUACCCGGAUUUUGAAUUUCAUCCUCAUAGAGAUAAAUCGGUUUUGAAGAUUAGAUUUACGAAUGCGGGUCAAUCAAAGAGGAAAAAAACUCCGGUGCAGAAACCAGAUCAGAAUCAUAAUACUUUUAUUAUAACUCCCGAGCAAUCGAAUGUGGAGGCAUCCGAUUGCGAGGCAAUUUCUGAGGAAGAUGUCAACUUGCAGCAGCAGUUGUUUUUCACGCAAAAUAUGUCAGUACCUUUACAUGAUAAUUCUUUCCAUUUCAUGAAUCAAUCCUUUUCUAUUAGGGAUUCAAUCUCCUUCCAUCAAAUGUAUGCUUCUGAACUUGAAAUUAAUAAUAGAACUUCACAUCUUUAUGAUCACAUCACUACUGCUCCGCCCACGCAUGAAUCUGAAGGAACUACUCAUCCUUCAUGA